AUGCCGAGUAACCCGAUUGUAAGCGCACUUCGAUUCAACUUACAAGCGACCUGCUCCGGUCAAACGGAUCUCACCUCUGCUAGGCAUAACACUGUGAGCAGUACCAUGAGUGAUAAAUGGUCCAGUUCGGAUGAAGGAAUAGCCUGUGGAUCAGGCCUUCAAUUUUUCGUCCAGAAACACGGCACUGCAUCAGCACUUGCUGGUGAAGGCAUGGUCAUGUUCGUGAUCUCUCAUCUUAACCAGUGCCGCCAGAUAGAUAUAGAGUAG